GUACACAGUUGCGUGCAAUAUCUCUCUUCUCUGCUCUGCUUUCUCCGCCGUUUGUGCUGUCGUUGGCUGCGUCGCCAUGGUCGUUUUGGGUUGUCGUGGAGUGGGUUAAAGGCGAAGGGGGAAGGGGGCGGCAAUAAAUAGCGGUGGGGGAGGUUCAACAACCUUUUCCAGUUUCCACCUCCGCGACGAUUCCUCCGAUGGAAGUGGAGCCACGCUUCCUGCCUUCCCUUCGCCCCCAAUUCCUUACUCUCUUCUUUGUUAAUCGCCGCCGAGUGCAUGCCGCCGUGAGGAGGCUCUCCGCCGUGUUGAUCUCGGGGAAGCUACCAUGUCAGAUUUGGUUCUUCCAUUGAGGCGUGCAAGAUCCUUAUUCCUUGUUUCCUCGACAGUCUCUGGGAUCUGAAAGAAACAGGAGUUAGACUAUGGGCAAAAGACCUCAUACACGACAGCUAAAGGGCAAUGUUGGAUGUGUUUCGGGUUUGAUCAGCUUGUUGGAUUUCCGUCGAGGCCAUCCAAUUCAGAAGUUACUUUCAGAUACAAAGCAUGAAAGUACUAGCCAUAUUGGUUCUGGCUACUCGAGAAUUGAGCUCGAUGCACUAAGAAAUCCAGAAAACAAGCAUGAAGGUGCCACUCUUCUUGAUGAAAUUAGAGACGAUAAGGUUAGUGUGGGUUCAACAAGUAUAAAAGCACUGAUGGAAGGAGAGAUGUCUCAAACUGAAAGAUCUCUUAACUUUGACAUGGCAGCAUUUUUGGUAGAAUUCUACAGUUAUACUCGCCAACAAGCUAGCCGAGAUGCUGACAAUAAGUUUGAUUUGCUUCAUUCCUUGGAAAGUAUUAGUUUGGGGACUCACUACCAUCUUCAUGAACUUGAUGGUCAUCUUGAUCAAAAGAUCUCUUUUUUAAAAAAGACACUUUCUGAUUUUGCUGAGCUGAUAAGUCAGAAAUCCAUUGUCAAGGAACAAAAUGAUGGAGGAUUAAUUUUCCGGUCGGAAAAGUUAAGGGAUGCAAUAGCUGCUAUAGAUUCAGAUAGGAAGUUAUUUAUCAAGCUCCUCCAAGAUCCAGAUUCAGUUCUGUUUAAACAUAUUCAAAGUCUUCAUGGUGAUCAGGUAAAGAAAACAUCCAAACUGGGAUCAGAUAGAUAUACAGAAAAUGCCCCGCUGUUGGUGGAGAAGAAUGAUAAUUCAGGGAAAUGCAACGAGUCUGACCGCAACCAAUUACCUCAGAAACAAAACAGAUAUAACUUUUUCUGGAGAAAGGACAAGUCCAAGGGGACGAAGCCUACAGCAGAAAAUCCAACUUCCAAAUCUUUGAAUAGAAUUGUCAUUUUGAAGCCAAACCCAACGAGAACUACUGGAAGUUCUGUGCCGCAAUUCCGUCAUGUCCCUAAACAAAGCGACAGUGAUGAAAGGAUUGUAUCCCAUUUUUCCCUAAGAGAAAUUAGGAGGAGACUCCGGCAUAUAAUUGGUGAGAGCAGAGAAGCACGACAUGCUAUUUCCAUGGAUGGUCUUCUACACAGAAUUCCAGUUAGGCCUAGUGAGUCUCGUGACUCAUCUGAAAAUUUAUCUUGUGACAAUAAGCAACCCAAAUUAGUAUACCUUGAUAAUAGGAAAAGUAAGAACAUUAGUUCCGAAGAAUUUGAAGUUAACAGCAACAGUCAUAUUUCUCCGUCGACAUCAAGAUCUGAGUCUUCAAUAUAUGAGGAAGCCAAGAAGCAUCUCGCUGAGAUGCUAAACACAAGAGGCGAUAGUUUGCCAAGAGUUGAAGUUUCAGAAUCAUUGGGAACAAUGCUUUCUAUCUUAAGAUACACCGAGUUAUCUCCUACAUCCAGUCCUCAAAGAGAUGAGGAACUUGCUGUGCCGCCUAAAGAGAUAGAAGAUCCAUCAUUACAACAGUUAAGGCAUGAAGAACUGGUUGGAACCGCUAUAUCAGAGCUAUUACUUGUCCGUAGCAAAGACUUGAACAGCCAAGAGAUCGUCGAAGAAGUUGGUGCUAAAAGAACUAUAGAAUCUAACCAAUUGGAUGAACCUACAUUAUGUGGCUUGGACAUAUUUGAAGAGAAGUCAACAGCAGUGGUGCAGCCGAAGCCCCGACCAAGCAGCUUAGUCAAGCAAAACUUAUUGGCUCCUGAAAGCAUCAAUGAAAAACUAGAGCAACCAAGUCCAGUAUCUGUUCUAGAAAAGUUCAUAUCAGAUGAUAUUAGCAGCCCUGACUCUACUGGGAUAGAGAAUUAUAAUAUUCAAGUACAAGAUCAACAAGCUGUUCAAGAAGGCAACAAUUCUGGAAGACUUAUAGCAUCACCCGUUGUAAAUGACGAUUGUCAAGCUAGGUUUGAUUACAUCGAAGCAGUCUUGGAAGCUUCAGGACUUGGGGAUGAAUUCCCAAUGAAAUGGGAUACAGAAGACCAGUUACUUGAACCAUCUUUGUACGAGGAAAUAGGAAUCUUUUUUUGCUUCCCACAAGAUGAUCCUAAGCUUCUAUUCGACUGCAUCAAUGAAGUCCUUUUAGAUAUACACGAGAGCUUCUUGAAAAGCAUCUCGUGCCUAUCCUACGUCAAGCGAAAUAUCCAACCUGGCCCUCAAGGUGAAGGCUUAAUCCAAGAGGUAAGCAAGAGCCUCGAAUGGCAUCUUCAAGUACCAUCGCCCAACACAUUAGAUACGGUUGUCAAAAAGGACUUGAAUGGUCGACCUUGGAUGGACCUUCGACUUGAAGUUCUCAAUAUUACCAGUGAGACAACAUCUGAUAUCAUCUUGGGUAUAAUCGAAGAGAUUGUUUUCGACUGUUGGUGCUGAAAUUAGAGUGAUUUCAAAUUUGUCUCUUCCAACUUGGCAAGAUCAUGCAGGACUAGAAUCUCAUGAUCAAUUAGCAAACAAGACUGGAAUUGUCUUUUUAUUCACAAUGAGACGCACAUAUACUUGUAUUUUCUGCUAAUCGGUGGAUUUCCCUUGCUGUAAAUUGUUACGAAGAUGAGGGAAGUUGAAGUGAAUGCAAAUAAUCUUGUAUCGUCGGAAGUACAUUAUGUAAAUGAGGCUACUAUUCGAGAUGAGGACGGAUGACAAUAAACAUUUGUUCUUGAAACCCCCAUAAUUGAAAGGGAGCCCCAAAGCAUAAUAAGA